AGGCUAUAGAGUAAGAGACUUCGUUGUUUUUACUCACAUUAAAUAUCUCUUUUACCUUCUCCCUCCUCUUGUCCUAUCUCUCUCUAUAUCUUUCUUUGUGGUAUAUAAUACACAGCAACCCAACAAUCAAGAAGAUCAGAUCAUGGUGGGGUUUUUUAUUUUCUCCUUAUCAAGAAUCAUCUGAUCAGUCAAAUACCCAUCAAUCAAUCAAAUCCCCAAACACUCCAAAAAAGAGAGGAUCAGCUUCCAACUUCAAAGCCUUUUUCUUCUUCUUACAAAAAUGUCUAUGUCGUCUAUGUCUUCUCCUUCCUCAGCUGUUUUUUCACCAGAGAACCUCUCACCUGAUCCUCUCUCCCCUUCGGAACAGCUCUGCUAUGUCCAAUGCAACUAUUGCGAAACCAUUCUUGCGGUCAGUGUUCCUUACACAAGCAUGUUCAAGACCGUAACCGUCCGAUGUGGUUGCUGUACUAAUCUUAUUUCUGUGAACAUGAGAUCGCUUGUCCUCCCAGCUUCUAACCAGCUCCAGCUCCAGCUUGGUCCUCACUCUUACUUCACUCCCCAAAAUAUUCUGGAGGAGCUGAAAGAUGCACCAUCAAACAUGAAUAUGAUGAUGAUGAAUCAACAUCCUAAUAUGAAUGACAUUCCAUCUUUCAUGGAUCUUCAUCAACAACAUGAGAUUCCUAAGGCACCACCCGUCAACCGCCAGAAAAGACAGAGAGUCCCAUCCGCAUAUAACCGAUUCAUCAAGGAGGAGAUCCAACGUAUCAAAGCUGGUAAUCCUGAUAUAAGCCACCGAGAAGCUUUUAGUGCUGCUGCCAAGAAUUGGGCCCACUUCCCCCACAUCCACUUCGGGCUCGCGCCAGACAAUCAACCCGUGAAGAAAACCAACAUGCCCCAACAGGAGGGUGAAGACAACAUGGGGAUGAAAGAAGGGUUCUACGCUCCUGCUGCUAAUGUUGGUGUGAUUCCUUAUUAAAGAUAUAUUUAAUCGAUAAGUAUUUGAGACUUCGAAAUGCAGUUUGUAGGGUUUAUGUUGCCCAAAAGUAGGGUUUCUUUAUCUUUCUUGAACUUAUAUAUGUUAUAUAUGCUUGCGUCUUCUUCUGUUGAUGUAAUCAAAAUCUUGCUAAUUAAUGAGGUUUAUUAUGUUAAUUUUGAUA